UUUCGAUUUCGAUGCGUCUUAACAACUAGAUCAGCUGAAACAUAUCCAGGAGGCGCGUCUUCCCAAGAUAUGAAAAAAAUUAAGCGUCAAGCGAACCGUUGUUUUUAACGAGUUUGUAACUGAGUCAUAGCAUCACAAACAACACUGUUUCAUCUACCUAAGAGCGAAUCAUUCACGUUUUGAAUGACGUAGUGCUAGUAUUUGUCAGUGUAGCUGGUAGUAGCCAACUAGCCAGUGCUUGGCUGCAGUGAUGUGGCCUGUUCCGUUUCACGGCGGGAGAGGGAGGAUGAACAAGUCCAGCUAAUUCAUCAAGACGACCGCUGGUCUCAUUUUUGUUGCUGGCGAGGAAUAUUUUCAGUUUUUCUAAUGUCUGUCUAAAUUGAAAGUGGAAGAGAAGACGCAUCAAACGAUCAACAACAAUGAGCGGACUGGCAAGAUGUACCUGAAAAAAUCUAAAAGCGUCGGUGCCUCUUCUCCUUUGAAUGGAAUCGGCAAACAGGACUGGGAUUCCCGGCGGAAGAGGAAGAUGGGCGAGAUCGCGCAGGCGCUCAGCGUGACCCCCGUGGACGUGGCGGCCCUGCGCAGGAUGGCCAUCAGCGAGGGCGGCCUGCUGACCGACGAGAUCCGCUGCCAGGUGUGGCCCAAGCUGCUCAACAUGAACACUGACAACCUGCCCGAGAAGCCAGCAGCGGACUUGAGGGAGAACCAUAAGGAUUACCACCAGGUGCUGCUGGAUGUGCGUCGAUCUCUCCGGAGGUUUCCGCCAGGGAUGCCUGAUGACCAGAGGGAGGGUCUCCAGGAGGAACUGAUUGACAUCAUCCUGCACGUGCUCGACCGCAACCCCCAGCUGCACUAUUACCAGGGUUACCAUGACAUCGUGGUCACCUUCCUCCUCGUCCUGGGGGAGCGCCUGGCCACCGUCCUGGUGGAGAAGCUCUCCACCCACCAUCUCAGGGAUUUUAUGGACCCCACCAUGGACAACACCAAGCACAUUUUAAACUAUCUGAUGCCCAUCAUCGAGCGGGUCAACCCUGAGGUGCACGACUUCAUGCAGCAGGCAGAGGUGGGCACCAUCUUCGCCCUCAGCUGGCUCAUCACCUGGUUCGGCCACGUGCUGUCAGAUUUCCGGCACGUGGUGCGGUUGUAUGACUUCUUCCUGGCGUGCCACCCGCUGAUGCCCAUCUACUUCGCUGCCGUGAUCGUGCUCCACAGGGAGGAGGAGGUGCUGGAGUGCGAGUGCGACAUGGCCUCCGUGCACCACCUCCUGUCCCAGAUCCCCCAGGACCUGCCGUACGAGACGCUCAUCAGCCGCGCCGGCGACCUCUUCGUCCAGUUCCCCCCCUCUGAGAUGGCCAGAGAGGCCGCCCAGCAGAACAGCCAACAGACGGCGGCCUCCACCUUCAAGGACUUCGAGCUGGCGUCGGCGCAGCAGAAGCCGGACUCUGUGCUGCGGCGCAGGCGGAGGGAGCGGGCGGCGGCGGCGCAGGCCCAGGCGCAGGCCCAGACGCAGGCCCAGGACAUGGCGGUGGCGAGGCCGCGGGCCAGGCGCCUGGUCCGGCUGGCCGUCAUGGGGCUGACCGUGGCCCUGGGGGCCGCCGCCCUCGCCGUGGUCAACACCGCCCUGGAGUGGGCCCCCAAACUGGACCUGCAUCUCUUCCCGUGAACCCCCCACCACUCCCGGACACUGCCCCAGACGCUCAGCUAGCCGGGGGAAGAGAAGAGGGAGAGGUGGCGGGGCAUGUGCGCACACACGCUCAUUAUUUAUACGUGUACACGUGAGCGGAGUACGAAAGGACGUGUGUGACACGCUCGCAGUGCUGAACAGUCCAGCUGAAUGAGUUCAAACGAAAGGCCAGGAAGCUCUCCCCCACCCCUCCGCCCCCCAGUGCCGUCAUCGCUAGCCAGUGCAGCUGCCAACGUUGCUUUCUGACUAAUGGUGUGUGUGCCUGUCGGAGUUGCUGAAUAGAAGCCUAGCGCGCGUGUGUGUGUGUGCGUGCGUGUAUGUGAGCGUGCAUUAAUCCCGGCAUGCACUGAAAACCGUAGUUUCCCUCCUCAGUCUUAUCGUAAAAGGGACUCGACGGGACAGGACUGCGGCCCCUUCGUUUGGGACGUUAGCCACCCCACACACCCCCAAAUUAAAUUAGGCCUUGGCCUGCACUUCAUCCGUGACCACCCGGCCUUCAAAGCGACCACAACGUCACUUUUCACUUUUAUAACGGCCACGACGUCCUUACUCCAGGUUCUGAGUACUGUACCGAGACCAAAAAGGCUCGAUGUGAUCCCCUAGCUUUGUGUAUUUAUCACGCAAUGUAUAUUUUAUCAAUGCCGGUCAUUUAUUUUUCUGAUCAGGUUUGAUUUUUAUCAUAAUUAUGAUAGGACUGUUGUGCAUUUCCAUUCAGCUAUCACGCACUCACACGGUUAUUGGCAUCUGUGGCGAUUCGGCUGACCCGGGCGUCCGCCUCUCCUUCGGACUGAGUUUGUCGGGCUCCUUUCUCGGCGCGCCACUCUGCGUAAGCGAGCCACUUCCUGCCUCUCAGUUCUCCGCGUCCGUCGUCGGCGGUGACGCCCUGGCGAGCCGCGCGAGUCCUGCCGGUUCGUUGCGGCUUUGUCAGCUGUGUGAGGCGCCGCUGGCGCGCUCCCUCUUUAAGAAAGCCUGGAUCCAGAACGUUCUCCAGGCCCCUGCUGUGCUUACCUCUGAGAGGGCGCCGCGCGUCUUCCGUAAGGAACGUUCCGUUCGGCUGGAGCACAAGGGGGGGGGGAACUCACAGGAAGGGGAAGCGGCGUGGCUAAAUCCUCCGGCAAGAAUCGACCCAUUUAACCCUUUGAGGAGUAGGUUUUUUUUGGAAUGCUUUUUUCAAAAUUCCAAGAACGUGUUCUAGAACUCCAUUGCUUUCUGUUACCGGCAGUGAUUGUGACAUCAGCAUUAGAAUGUUCAGUUAAGGACAUUCUAAUCAUGAUGCUACACCAGACCUGGGUCAAAUACGUAUUUGUUUUGGAUUCAAAUGCUUUUCUGUGCUUUACGGAUCUUGCCUGACAAGAUCAAUACGUCACAGAAAAGUAUUUGAAUCCAAAACAAAUACGUAUUUGACCUGGGUCUGUGUUACACCAUAAAGGGUUAAAAGCUGUCACAUUGCCCUGGAGCCCAUCUUUCAGGAAGCAGCACUUGGCCGUACUCAUAGCUGCUUGGGUCAUUUCAGUCUGUGUAUCCCCACCCUUCCCAUGGACAGCACUCAUUUACCCAAGGUUGCUAAGCAGUGCACGUCCUUGGAAACAAUCGUUUAUUUUAUGCCAAAUGGAAGCCUGGAACGAACCUGAAGGACGAAUGUCGCCCACCCCCCUCCAUGACGGACACGUUCGCUCGUUUUAUUUUUGCACUAGGUGGAUAGUGGAAGGACGAUCACUGUAAAUCUAAUCAUUGAUCUGGUUAUGUGGAUUUCAGUUAUGUUUCUGUCACGAAAAAAACAUUAAAACCAACUAAAAUAAACUGCUAAGCAAUGAAA